UUGGACGCUUGUAUUCAGAGUACCCUUUCAGCACUCUAUCCCCCCUUCGAGGCUACAGCAGCUACAGUGCUAUGUCACGUUUUUGAUGUGGUGGAGAAAACUUAUCGCGGUGACGGAUUGCGCUACCUCAUCGAUUUCCUUGUACCGGCUAAACACAUUCUGCAGUGCAUUCAGCAGGACUCUUGUUUCAGAUACAGUGGACUACUAUUUCGCCAUCAAGGUUGGCCUUUGUGCAUCCAUGAAAAAAUUAUAAUACAUCUUUCAGCUAUUGACUGGCGAACUUUACGCCCUGGUGAUUUCUACCUUCAAGUUGUGCCACACCUUAAGAAAACCCCACGUAUUGUAGUAAAAUGUCUUGCAAAAGACAGAUACAAUGUAGAAGAAGUCAUAGUCCCCGAGGUCUCCUAUACUUCCAUCUUCACCAUGGAAUGGUUGGACAACAUUAACAAGGAACGGACGGGAUCAGCUUUGGAAAAUUGUCUUUUGUCAACUGAUAACAACAACUUCCGAGUCCCCUGGGAGGAGGUGGUGAAUCCAGAAUUUGUUGAGAAACCAAAAAUGAUUGAAAAUAUGACAUCAGGAAGCUGGGCCAUAGAUCAAGAAAUUAUGUUUAACAGACGCAGCAAUUCCACAUUAAAUGAUCACAGCCGACAAUGUGAGAAUCAUUCUGAAACAACUUGUGGAACCCAAAGAUUUACUACAAAUAUGAAAGAAAAAGAACUUAAAGAUGAGGUAAGCCCUACAAAAACUUUACAGUAUUCACUAAGUACAGUUGGAGAUGGUUUAGAUAUUUCUGGUACAGAAAUUUCCCUUCAAGAACUUGAAGGGGAAUAUGUGGAACUUCGACAAAUUUCAACGUUCAGUGAAAGUGGUUACCUUGUGCCAACUGGAAGUUCAAACAUAAAACCACCACAGAGAAUGAGGACUAAUAGGCCAUCGGAAACGAUCCCAUUUGAAGCCUCAACUCAUACCCCUUGUUCCAAGCACCUUAUAUGUCCAAAUCCUAUGGCAGAUGAUCCCAAUUUAACUGGGAGACCCUAUUCAGAAAAAACAGACAGUUCAUUUAAUUUACACUGCAGUACAAGUGACGAUGUGAUUGAACAACGAUCGCUUCCUGAUGCAAUUGAAAACAAAUUAACAUAUCACAAUCGGACUUGGAGCAACAAUGAGAAUAAAGAGCUUUGCGCAAUUACAAAGAUGAAGCUGUCUUCAUCAGUGGAAACUGGCCUUCAUCAAAAAGAAAUGCAUCAUUAUUGUUGCGGAGAUGUUUGCUCAUUAAUUAACCAACCCACAAAUGUAGUAGAAAACAAAUUAAGCUGUAGAACUUUGGAAUCUCAAGUUCCCAACCACAUUUGCGAACAACAGUUACAAGAUAGUCAAAUUCAAAGUGGCACAAACAGUUCAACACCGAAGUCACACACAAAGAUUGAUUUGCAAGACUGUAAGAAAGCAUGGCUGGUGAAGGAAUUUCCCCAGGACAGAAGUCAUCAAAAUAUACCUGAAGAAGAUAUAAUUGAAAAUGAUAAUAGUCAGCACAUACGUGUGAAUGAGCAGGAAAGCACAUUGAUGGAAUUUACGACUGUUUCUGACACAGGAUUUUCCAAUCAUCAGUUGACCAACUGUAAUCUCCUGGCUUGUCAGCCAUCAGCUAGCACUGCAGAAGUUUCAAAUAUUGCUGACAAAAAGUCUGCUAAGUACACACAGGCUUUAGAUGAAAGCUCAGGACAAAAAGGCACAUCAAAACAACAACCAGAUUAUGUUGAAAGUGCACAACUCAACAGUCAGAUACCUACUUCAAAUCUACAGCUUACUAGUGAUGGAAUUCAACCAACAGCAGAGUAUGUUCAGCAAAAAUGCAUUGCAGAUGUUCAAUCAGUAGGUUCUGUCAUUUCUUUAAACCAUUCUGUCAAAUACGAAGACGUUAUUAACUCUGAGAAUUUAUCUGAGAAUUUUGCAAGUGAUGAAAAUUCUGAUCGUUCAUUGAACGAGAAUAAAAAGCACAUAGGGGAUGGAGUUGAUGGAUUGGUUGAGGAAUGUACAGAAUAUACCACUUGCCAGUUACUGGAUGAUACAGGCACUGUUGAAAAAUUAUUUAAUGAGGGUGUGAAACCUACAGCCAACUCUGAUCAUUCAGAUCUAAAUUUAACACUAUGUACAGAAUAUUCAGAAGAUCGUAGGUCUGAAUGUAUGAAACAGACUGAUAGCGUAUCUUCUGAAUCCCUGGUAGAUCAAAGUACAAAUUUACAUAAAUGUUCAGUUGUUAAAGAAAAAAACGAACAGCACUUGAACAGUGGAACAGAGCAGAUGUCAGUAAAUUUGGAAUAUGCUAAUACUGGACAAACGCAGAAUGAUUUUAACAAGCAAGAUCAUACUACAAACGAUAAUUUAGACUUGGCAAAAGACUCAAAUGUACAACUUCAUGAAAAAGUAGAAUUAUUACAAAACAAUGAAAAUCCAUUGACACAAGACUUGCCUGAUGAGUCUGUUGUGAAAACUACUGCAUGUUAUGAGGAAAAGAGUGAUGGCCAAAAAGAUUAUUCCACUGUUGAAGAAUAUUGGUCAAAUGUAGUAAUGCUAGAAUCUAGCAUUGCCUACUCAAGUACAUUAGGAACCAACAAACUUGAACCUCCUCCUGCAAGUACUGAUGUAAAUNAAAAUAUUUCCUUUGCCGAAACUGCACUGAAGCAAGAUUCAAAUGAGCGUAACGAUGGAUUAGAAAGGGAAGUUACUGAAAAUGUAAUCAAUGUGAAUGCGGAAGAAAGCAAGAAAAGCAAAGCUGAUAAACAUCCAGAAGGAUUUGAUUCCAAGACAAAUGAUGAAAUUGAUACAGGAAAUCAAAGCUGUAACAAAAAUACAUCUAGGCUGACAGAUCAACCGCCAAAGUCCUCACUGGCUAGACAACACACUGUGAAUAAGCAGAAACCCUUGCCAAUCAAGCAUGAGGCUUUGUCUUCUUCACCACUUAAAUCUAAUUUGCCAACCCUUUACCAAGAAAUCAACUUUGAUGUUCUGCAUUCCGGUGUAGCGUGUUUGACUGGUACCAGAGAUAAAUCUGGUCGUGCAGUGGUGAUUAUAACAACAAGGAACACAAUCUGGCUAAAUCCACACUGCAACGUCACUGAGCUUGUGCGGCUCCUCGUGUAUUUUUCCAGCAUUCCCAGACAAGAAAUCCGUCUGGCAGGACUAACCAUUUUGGUAGAUGCCCGGCGCUGCUCCCCUGUACCUGCACUCUUUAAGGCUUUCAACAUGCUGCAGGACACCGUUCCUAACUGUAUCCAUACAGUGUUGCUGCUUGUUGAAAGGGAUCUUACACUCCGAUUUGAGAAACCAACGUCCAUGCAGUUUGAACUUCUUUCAUCUCUGAAAUCUCUGCACAAACACAUAGAAAGCAAUCAGCUUCCACCGGAAUUUGAUGGAACCUUCUCAUACUGUCACAAUGACUGGGUUUGCUUUCGUAUGAAACUGGAGCAGCUUAUGCAGGGUUGUAUAGCAGCAAAAGGUUUCCUCCAGAGCACCAUAGAGAACUUGGAAUCCAGUCAAUUGCCUAACACAGCUGAGGAAGCCGAUAUUCUGUUGGAGAAAUAUAGAGGCCUAAUGAGGAAUGUUUUGGAAGAUGUUCGAUUGGUUAGACUACAGCUUGAAGGAGGAGCUAUCCUAGCCAGAUUGAAAAAAGAAGAAUCUUGUGUCACUGGAACAGGAAUCUUUAGAGAUUCAAUGAAGACUGUGACAGCCUUGUAUGACCAAGUGGAUGAGGGAAUUCACCGUCUGGUGAUGCUUUCGAAUAAGUGUAUUCAGGAACUUGAGUUUCUGAAACAGUUCAAAACAUUUGAAGGAGAGUUUGAGGAGGUGAGCAGAUGGAUUGAGCAGGUUGGAGAGAAGCAACUUGAAAGAGGAAGAGAAUUGGAGGAUUCCCUGGAUUCCUUGCAAAACACACAGGAAGAAUUCAAGGGCUUUUACAAUGAGGCGUGUGAGUACUGUGGAAAAGGCAGAGAGCUUUUGAAGAAACUUGAAGAGUGGUGUGGUUUUCAGUCACCAGAACUACACGUGUUUCAAGUGAAACUGCAGAGGUACAAAAGACAGUUUGGGGAAUUUGCAAGAAAGGUAGAAGAAUGCAGGCAGACGAUCGACAAGACUGUGAGGCUAUAUGCAUUUUUUGAUAAGGCUUAUGAGUGGGCCCUAGAAGGGAUGAGACACCUUGCCUGUAUCAGCAUGGAAGACUGCAAUUCUCCGGAGCGCUGUGGACCAGUUGUGAGAUAUCUGGAAAAUCAUCAUCAUCAACAUCCAGAGAUUCCAGAGGCAAAGUUUCAGGAAAUGAAGGAAUUGGCAUGUGAUUUAAAGAGUGAGAAGGGGUUGAAGCAGUGGAAGUUUGCUUGGUCCAAAUGUCAAGAGACCAAGCUAAUCUUUGAGAAGAAGCUAGAGGCUGCACUGAGGACAAGAAAGUCUCUACCAUCAGACCGUAGCCUCUCUGACUCAGAUAACACAAAGAGCGAGAAUGUCCAAAGGAGACAUUCAGAUGGUACUGAACAAAGGUUACAGUGUGAAAGGAGUAAUGCAAGCUUAAACAGCAGUAUGUAUUCUCUCAGCAGCAGGUUGUCGCAUUGUGGUGCGUGGCAGAAAGACAAACACUCACCACAUCCUUCAGCUUGUUAUGGAAUCAUGAACAAUGAGGAUGAUUUUGUACCUGAAGCUAUUCAUAGCAGAAGCUCUACCCCCAGUUUUCAAGGCUACGAUCAGAUGAUAGCAGGGCGAGCCUGUGCUUCUGUUCGUACAUCAACCCCAGAUGCUCACGGACAGAUGCACAAUAUAUGUAACGAAGAAUCCAACUACGAUGGUGCAGCUAACCCUCUUCAUACACAAUCUCGGUGUUACUCUGCGCCAGGUUCUCAGAAUCAAUAUUUAAAAAGGGUAUUAAGGAAGGCUCAGAGCUUUGAUCUUUCCCCCAAUGAUACCUUCAAGUACACUUCAUGUCAAAGAACUUUCAGUGAACCUGCAAGGCGUGGAAACACCGGUGUGUUCAUCAAGGGACUAGAAGUGAGCAGCACUGAACUUAAUGAAAGAACUUGUACAUCCAGGCAGCACGCAUUGUUUAGUUGGACUGGAAACCAGACAGAUGGUCACAGAAGUUAUAUUCCAUCAUCAGAGUCCAAAGCAAAGGGCAGCAAACUGAGGCACAUUAUUGAUGAGAUGGUUACAACAGAACGUGAAUAUGUGAAAUCUCUCAGGUACAUCAUCGACAACUACUUCCCAGAGAUGGAACGUUUCGACCUUCCUCAGGAUCUGCGAGGGAAGCGCAGUGUUAUUUUUGGAAACCUAGAGAAACUGUACAACUUCCACAGCCAGUAUUUCCUGAAAGAGCUGGAAAGCUGUGUUAAUCAUCCACUUCGUGUCAGCCACUGCUUUCUGAGACAUCAAGACCAGUUUGGCAUGUAUGCAUUGUAUAGUAAGAACAAGCCUAAAUCAGAUGCCCUACUGGCCAGCCACGGCAACACUUUCUUCAAGUUCAAGCAACUACAACUGGGUGAUAAGAUGAAUCUAGCUUCCUACCUUCUGAAACCCAUCCAACGGAUGAGUAAAUAUGCUCUAUUGCUAAAGGAUUUGAUCAAGGAGUGCAGUGAAGCCCAGGAACAGGAGCUGAACUACCUCAGAGCAGCAGAAGAAAUGGUUAAAUUUCAGCUGCAACAUGGCAAUGAUCUUUUGGCAAUGGAUGCUAUCAGGGAUUGUGAUGUGAACUUAAAAGAACAGGGGCAAUUGGUUCGCCAAGACGAGUUUAUCAUCUGGUGUGGACGCAAGAAAUAUCAGCGACACGUCUUUCUGUUUGAAGAUCUGGUUCUCUUCAGCAAGCCCAAGCGAAUCGAUGGGGGGUUUGAUGUCUAUAUCUAUAAACAUUCCUUCAAAACGGCAGACAUCGGUCUAACAGAAACAUCUGGAGAGAGUGGGUUACGUUUUGAAAUCUGGUUUCGUCGGCGGAAAUCCAACGAUACAUAUAUCCUGCAGGCAAGUUCGCAGGAGGUUAAACACGCCUGGGCAAAUGACAUUGCAAAGAUUCUGUGGCAACAAGCUACCAGAAAUAAAGAGGUACGAAUGCAGGAAAUGGUAUCUAUGGGAGUUGGUAACAAGCCGUUCCUGGACAUCAAACCAAGUGAGGCUGCUAUCAAUGACCGUGCCAUUGACUACAUUAUGAAAGGAAGAGGAGCAAGAACCAGGGCUUCGAUUGCAGUAUCGUUAUUUGAUCACACCAAUCCAUUCAGGAGGACCCAGGCCGUUUCCAAAACCAAUAGUCCUUCAGCCAGUGGCCCAUCCUCAUCCUCACUGUUAGGUCCUCUCAACCUGCACAUGUACACAAAUCAGCCUCUGCUGUCGGGAGUGAACUCCAUACUGGCCAGUGGCCGGCCAUUUGACCCCAACACUUGCAUUGAGGAGGAUGAGUUGGAACAUGAAACAAGUAGUCAACCUUCCAUGACAACUGAGAGCUCAGAGUCUUCAUUCCAAUGCAUGUCAGGCAGUGGCUCCAGUGGGUCUGACAGUGGCUGUGUAUCCAGUCUCCUUCCUGAAAACCUGUCAGAAGAGACAGGCCCUCCAUCCGAUAUCUCUGCCUCAUAUUCACUCCCAGGAUCCCGGCACAGCUCAAGCACCACUUCUCCACUGGAGGACAAGCCUCAAUUCUCCAACAGCCAGUACAUUUCAGCGCAGAAAUCUGAUCAAAUUACCGUUAGCCCAUCCACAAUGGUGUAAGCGUUGCUGUACUCUGUCCUCCUGCCUAACUAAAUUUGAUCCUGUGCUCAUUUAUCACUGGAAAAGCAACUGCAACCCAUUAGAACUACUGAAGAGCAGUCCAGGCCUCGCUGAAGAAGGUUUAUUGGUUGUUGUGCACCUGGACUGACUGCCCAGAGAACCCACAUUUACUACAUUGGUUUUUAUAUAUGUAUUUGGCAAAUGACAUAAUAUUCUUCCUAUUGUUCAUCAACUUGACAGGGGCUGUAAAUACUUAACAUUUCUGUGGAAACUUGUUUUAUCAAUGUCCAUUUGGUUUACUUAGAUUUUGACAGUUAACUAUGUCUAGCUGCAGGUAGAUAAACUUAGUGGGAUUAGUUUAUAACUGUUCAACAAGAUUUGAUGUUACAUAUUUAGACAUUUUUUGUCACUGGCUGAAACAUCAGCUGGAACCUAGCAUUAACAAAAAGUGAGACUAACCAAAUUACUGAAGACUGAGGAGCUUUGUUCCCAUUUCAGCAUUUAACUUAGUGCAUUCAUCUCACUAAAUAAAUUAGAAAUCUUUCUUUGGUUAUGUAAAACAUGUACAUAAUUAAGUAGUUUAGUGCCAGUGGUGCUGGAGUUUUCAGGGGAGAGAGAAGAUGACUUUUUUUUCUAUGUUAAUUACUAGCAAAGCAGGGAAAUCACUGAAGUGCCACUGUUAAUGUACUGACUGCAUUAAACUGAGACUGGAUUCCUGUUAUGUCACUCUGUUUUGUUGACUUUAAUAUACUCUCCUCUAUAUUAAGUUUUCAGUAUUUAAUAAAUGUGAACUGCUUUGUUUCAA